AUGCCUCUGGGCUCAGUGGAGGGCACCGACUACAGCUUCUACCGAGCUGUCGGCGCCCCGUGGACUUUGCUGGCGACAAAGCUGCGCUCCUGGACUUCGCCAACAGCGGAAGAAGCCUCAAAGAAAGUUGGCAAAGUUGACGUCUACGCAGCCACCAAAUCCGGUCGCGAGGCCUGCUGCCUCCUGGUUGAUGAAGAGACUUGCGAACUGGACGUGGUCUUCACGGGCUACUACCAGCCAUACACGACUCCGCUGAGUCGGAACAGCUGGUCCACGACUCGAAAUUUUGUUGGAGGUAGACCGUGGGGGCGCAGAAGCUACGAUCGCUACUGACUAAUGAACGUGGCGCAGAAGAGAGCGCCAAAGCAAGGUCACCCCUCAGUCACUUCUUUAACAGCGUUCAAGCCUGACCGAGCAGUGUCCCCGGUGUUGCUGAAAGUGCGCCACUGCGGAGUCUUCCAUUUAACGCUUGAACA